CCGCCGCAAAAAAUGGCCCUCUUUGCCUCUGUUCUGAUGCACUCUGUUUCGUAGGGUAUUGCGGCUCAUUCGAGAAGCCCCCCAAUAUUCCACAUCGCUUCUGGCCACUCCGAUUCCAUCUUCGUCUUCCCCCGUCGUCGAUGCUGGGCGGAUCCUCCUCUCGAGACCUUGAUAAAGUCGGUUUUUUUUAUCAGAAAGAUGUGAUCUUUGGGCCGUUUGCUUGACCCGCCAGGCAUUAAAUACGGCGCCGAGGUGGCGGUGGACGCGGUAGCGGUAGCAGCAGCAGCUGCUCCACGAGAUUAUCGGUUCUAGAAUACCCUUCCAACUCCGGAUGCCUUCGUGGCGAAGCCUCUAGGGAGGAGAGGUCGUAAUCUUUGGGCAAUUGGAUUCGGUCUCCGAAGUGGGAAUGGAUGCGAUUAUUGCGGCCUGGGUUUUAUCUAUAACCGGUCUGUAAUCUCUGAGUCGGAAGCUUUUUUUUCCGCACUGAAUCAUGCCUGCGCCUCUGCUAGCUCGGAAGGGUCGUCACCUGCAGCGUUACGAGAACCAGCUCCGGCUCGUCGCAGGAUGCAUUCCUUACAAGAUUAUUGGGAAACCCGACAACCAAUCUGGUGAUUUGAUAAAUGGAGUGGAAGUCCUCAUGAUCAGUUCACCGGGUCGGCAUGACUUUGUCUUCCCAAAGGGUGGCUGGGAGACAGAUGAGACUGUAUGCGAAGCAGCAUGCCGGGAAGCUCUGGAGGAAGCAGGAGUUAGGGGAAUAAUAGAUGAAAUCGAGCUAGGUAAUUGGGUGUUUAGAAGCAAGAGCAGCCAAGGUACUUGCAGCCAGGAAGGAGGUUGCAGAGGUCACAUCUUUGCCUUGGAGGUCACUGAGGAACUGGACAACUGGCCCGAGCAGAAAAUGCAUGGCAGGAAAUGGGUGGCAUUGGAAGAAGCAUAUGCACUCUGUCGGUAUGAUUGGAUGCGCGAAGCCCUCGACUUGUUCAGGAUCUACCUCUUUAGCAAGCCUGUGCCACCUGUGUCUGGGUUAUACGAGCCGCCAAAAUUCCGCAUCUCGACUUCAGCUGAGCGGGCCAUUGCCUCAUGCUGAUGCUUUCGUACCGCCUUCGAUGAGCCUGUUUGUAAAGUCAGUUUAUGGUUUGUUCUCUCACCUUCUGUCGAUGAGGUUGAAUGUUUUAACGAUUUAACUUGUACAGUUUCUUGUCCUACCUUUCUCAUGACAACAUCAGUUGGGUUGUUAAUAUCAGAGUUUGCUACACAAACUCUCGUCCUGUAGAUUUGCCAAGACAGAAGAAGUUUGAUCAGUCCGCUUGCUGUAAUCAAAAUGGUUUAUAACACACAUUUUCAUAUCA